AUGGGAUUAGAAGUCGGAGGUUCAUGGUCAGAUUGGAAGCAUUGGAAAUUAGGAAGCGAAAAUGGAAGAGGCCCCAGCUUUUUGGAGGGUAUCUCCAUGAACACGAAUCAGUCUCUGUUAGGUCAGUUACUGAUGCACGGCCACAAGGUGUUUGGCAUAAUGUCUAUGUUAGCUUUUCACCCAGAUGAGACUACUUUUGGCUACCUUGCCUAUCGAUAUGCACCAAAAGGACUCGAGAACAAGAUAAUUGAACUACAAGACUUGGAAUUUAGGUUCAGUUUUACUACUAAAUCAAUGUUUAUUUGUGAUGGCUGGUUUGACAACCAAAGCAGAAACUCUAUUUGGCAUGUUAUUGAAGCUGGGGUAUGGUCACUCUCGGCAUUGAAGGAGAUGGAUAAGGAAACAAUAUUUAAGAGGACAGGUUUGCUAAUGAGGUGGCCAAUGCUAAUGCUCGAGUCUCUAGUCCAAAGGAUAAUUGAGAAUCUAAUCAGAACACAAGUUCUUUUGGUAUCACAUCUGCAGCUUCAACUGAAUCUUGAAAGUUCCAUGGUCUGUAAUCCAAGUGGUCUAGAUACUGAAGAACCACCGCCAGUAGCAGUUUUCGACUUGAAAACCUGUGAAUUGGGUUCUCUUAUAACCCACAUACUGAAGAACCACUCCCGACCAGCAGCCUCCCCACCUCCUGCUAUUGGUUUACAAAAUCCUUACAAUGCACGUGCUUCUCAUGUGAUUGGCAUGAUCACCAGAAAGGACUUGAUAUUUGUGGCCAAUAAUGAUUCAGGUUCUGUGGAGCUCCAUUCAACUAGUAGGAUGGUCACACGAGGCUCACAACAGGUGAUGAUGUCUCAUCUCCUGGUACUAGAAAAGAGGCUUCUGUUGCUCAAGCUUUGUGGGAUGAUGAAGAUACAAAAACGUUUUUAUGAAUGUUUACCUGAUCUCAGGGCAUUUUUUCCUGCUAUGUUAUUGGGAGAAGCAAAGCAAAAAGGGAAUGAUCAGUCAUCAAAAGCAUCAGAUCAACCAAGUGACUUAACAACACCUGAGUCUGAUCAAGGUCAGAUUGCUGCCCAAGACACUGCAGAGACAUCUGUAAGUGAGAAAAAGAAAGAUGAUGACGAAAAACAUAAAGAAAAAGAAAAAGAUGGAGAAAUAAAAGCUGAAAUUGAAAAAGAGAAGCUUCGGGGUCCUGAAGGAACCAACUUAGACGGCUUAAUACAGAGGCUUCCUGGCUGUGUGAGCCGUGACUUAAUUGACCAAUUGACUGUGGAAUUUUGUUAUUUAAACUCAAAAGCUUCCCGCAAAAAACUCGUACGCAUGUUGUUCAACGUGCCCAUAACAUCUCUGGAACUGCUACCCUACUAUUCGCGAAUGGUUGCCACACUGUCAACUUGUAUGAAGGAUGUCCCUUCUAUGCUCUUGCUGUAUUUGGUUAUGUUCUAUGCUUUAGCUGUGGUGAUAUUUGGUACUGCUGUUCCAGCGGCCAACUUGUUCCAGUCGAAAGCAGAUUUUCAGCAUAGCCCAUCAAGUAGGCACGGUCUUAGCGACUUUGUGAAGCCUGUUUCUAGUAAAGGACUAUCAAUAUCUGAUAUCCAUCUAACUCUAGAUGAUUUGGAAGCUUUGGAGGAAAUGAGAGUCAAGCAAAAGUAA